CAUGUAAACAUGUUGUGAAGAAAAUAAAACAAGCCAAGAUGAUGUCUAAAGUAGAAAUUAACUUCACGCGCUUAUUAGCCCAGUGUGAAAUCAUGGUUUCUGAGAAGAAGCAGGGAGACUGGCGGUUAGAAAAAUAUGUGAGUGCACUUGACCAAAGAUAUGCAGACUUAAAGAAAUCUAUUCAUGUACCUGCGAAAGAAAAAUUAAUUGAAUAUGGACAGAAGGUAGAUUUUAUAAAGGGUCUCUUGAAGGCUUACAAACUUGUGAGUAGUGCUAUGAUUGUUUUGGUAUUUGCUGUAUUUAUCGUAUUCUGA